CCCUGGCCGGUGUCAGGCGGAGAAAUAAAAUGGAGAAUUUCGUGUGAAAACAACAUUAAUCUCGCGUACGGGUUGUCAAAAGUUUGUGUACUUUCGCGACGCAAAACCGACCGAAAAGUGGUGCAAAGUGCUGCCGGAACCGGCCCAAACACGGUGGACAUUACGCCGGGUGGAACCUGCCGCGCGGGAGUGGCUUUCGGGGCCGCCAAAAGGGGCUUUUUCUUCGGAUUUUUCGGGACAGCAAGCCCAUCACAUCACCACAUCCAGCAAAGGCAGAGCAGGCCAGGCUGAGACUGUACGCAAGGCAAGCUUGGAUUUCGAGUGUGGAAGAAAGGGCGCGCGCGGUUUCUUGCGCCUUACGGCCGCGGACAAUCGGGAACCGGAAACCGAGUUGAAACCGGGACGGUACGCAGAAAAGUCCUUUUGGGAGAAAGUGUAAAAGUGGUUUCAUAAUUUUAGUAAGUCAAAGUGAUUAAAAAUGGCUAAUAAACAUUUAUUUCGGUGAAAGUGCGUGCAAUAAAGUGAAACCGAUAGACUUUGAAUAGUGUUCGAGACUCUUUUUCUUUCCGUACUUGAAUUAAACCCCAAAUUUUAAAGCGCAACGGAACCUGCAAAUCGGUGGAUGGAUAGCGCUUUUCCCUAGACCACGGGCCAGAAUGAAGGAGAUGGUCGGUGGUUGCUGUGUUUGCUCCGAUGAUCGGGGUUGGUCAGAGAACCCUCUGGUCUACUGCGACGGCCAAAGCUGUGCGGUGGCCGUACACCAGGCAUGUUACGGAAUCGUAACGGUCCCGAGCGGACCCUGGUACUGUCGAAAGUGUGAAAGUCAGGAGAGGUCGGCGCGCGUCCGGUGCGAGCUGUGCCCCUCGCGGGAUGGUGCCCUCAAGCGGACGGACAACCAGGGCUGGGCGCACGUCGUCUGCGCGCUGUACAUCCCGGAAGUGCGCUUCGGGAACGUGACGACGAUGGAGCCGAUCAUCCUGCAGCUGAUUCCGCAAGAGCGGUACAAUAAAACAUGUUACAUCUGUCAGGAGAUGGGCAAGGGUUCGCGUUCGACGGCGGGCGCCUGCAUGCAGUGUAACAAGUCCGGCUGCAAGCAACAGUUUCACGUGACGUGCGCCCAACAGUUGGGUCUGCUUUGCGAGGAAGCCGGCAAUUAUUUGGACAACGUCAAGUACUGCGGCUAUUGCCAGCAUCAUUAUAGUAAAUUGAAAAAGGGUGGCAACGUCAAGACGAUUCCACCGUACAAACCGAUUAGCCACGAAACAAAUUCCAGCGACGGACCGUCGUCGCCCGAGAAGGAACUGGAACCGGCAUCAUCCGGGCAGCAGCAGCAUUCCAGCGGGAGUGCCAUGGGCGGCAACAGCAACAGUGGAAGUGGCAACAUGAAGUCCAACAGCCGAAUGCCCGGCGGAGAGCUGGGCGGAUCGUCAUCGGCGGCGGCCUCCUCGUCCUCUUCCUCCUCGAAGCAACGCAAGUCCUCGAGCGCCUCGAAGAGCUCCGCUGGUUCCUCGUCUACUUCGGGACCCACUUCGGGCGGAAUGGUCACCGGAGGAAGCAACUCCCUCGGAGCGAACAGCCAAUCGACGUCCUCGGCGUCCUCCGGCAUGACCGGAAUGAUCUCCGGAAGUGCUGGCAGCAGUACGAUGCCAGGAAGCAACAACAAAACCAGUGCGUCCUCGUCCAGCGGUAGCACCAAAGACAAGGACAAAUAUAGCAAAAAUGUAAAUAAAGUCUCCGGUACAAACAAGGGCCACGACAAGGAACCAUCAUCGUCCUCGUCGUCCUCCUCCUCAUCUUCACAGCGGGACAAGAGCUCCAAAUCGUCAAAGUCCAGCGGCGGAACCAACAGCAACAGUAAUCCGAGUGGCCUCGGUUCGUCCGCAAGCAACGUCAACAGCGUCAGCUCAAGUUUAGGAAAUUCACUCCCAAAGAGAACGACCCGUUGUCCUCGUCGCCCUUCGACAAUGAACAGCUCGUUGUCAAACAAGCACCAGGAUGGCAUCAAGCAGGAAAAGACGCUCGCGCAAAUUUCCUCCGCCGCGGCCUCCUCAGCCCGGGCGGCUUCUCUCCCCGCGGCCAUCCCAACGACACUCAUCAUCAAACCACCGCACGAUCCCGGCAGCAACAAGGACCUGCUGUCCAAGGAAGCGAUAGCCAAAUUUACCACGUCAAACUUCACCGAAACGAUUGUCGUCAAUUCCGACUCCGUAUUCGGCACCACGAGCAGCACCUCCUCCAACAGCAGCUCCAACAAUGCUGGUGGCCCAACCAGCCAAUCAUCCGGCAUUGGUUCGAACAUGGCGCCCACUUCGGUCAUCGAGAAUACACCGGGUGGCGGUAGCAGCAGCGGCAGCAAGCAGCUAAGCAUGUCCGGAGGUGGAAACUCCUCGUACACGGGAUCGGGUGUCGCGAAGAAGCGAAAGGCGGACGCCCGAUCGACGCCGACCUCGAUCGCAAGCGGCGAUAUUGAUAUUAACCGCGAUCUGAUCAAGGACGUAGCGGUUUCUCUCGUGCCAUUGCCGCUGAACAAAAAUGACAACAUCGAUCCGGCGUCGCUGAGUGGGUUCGAGAAGAGCAUAAAGAAGGCCAAAACCGAACCAAACUCCCCACUCCAGCCGACGACGACGAGCGGGGAUCCUAACCUGCAAAACGUGAGCCCUAACCUGGUGCAGCAGACGCAGCACGGUUCGAACGUUAUCUCAUCCUCCUCCAUCAAGCAUCAAUCGCAGUCCAACUCACCUCAACUUCAGCAGCAGCAACAACAACUUCAACAACAACAGCAACAAAACCAACCGCACACACCCAGUCUAGUGGUGUCGGUUCUGUCGACAGCUACCGUACCUGGCAUAAAUCUACCGACGAGCAACAGUGGUAGUAGUGGCAGCAGUUCCACCACAACCAGCAGCAGCAACAACACCACCAACUCAAACAGCAAUGUCCCGCCGCCGACGAGUAGUCAGCAGUCGGGUAGCAGCAACAACAGCAGCAGUAGUGGCAACACCCCCAACAUCAUCUCCCCCGGCCAAAUGCCACCAGGGUCGAGUCUGUACCAGCAAAUUGCGCACCGAUCCGGCUCCGAGCAGCUGCUGAACGCGCACAGCACCAACCGGUCCAGCCCGGUCAUCCAGCAGCCGGCGCCGAGCCACGUGAUCCAGAAUGCGGCCCACUCGAUCCUCGAACGGCACUCGCCUUCGAUGAGAUCGUCACCCUCGAUCAUCACCAGCGCCAGCUCGCAGCAGCAGCACCAGCAGCCGCCGCCACCACAAUCGCACAACAAUCUAUUUUUGACCGCGGCGAUGGACCUCAACUCCGGCAGCAGUUUGUCCGGGGGCGUGUCCGUACUGCAGAGCAUUUCGCCCGUGCCGCCGAUGAGUGCCAUACAGAGCACGUCGUCGUCUCCGAUUACGCCCGGGGGCGAUGGCGGUCUCAAGAUAACCUUCGAGAAGCAAGCGCCCACGACGAACGCCCGCAUUACGGCUCUUCAGGAGCAGGAGCAGCAGCUGGCUGGGCGGAGGUCGAGAUCACAAUCAAGAGAACGUGGUGGUGGUACCGGAAGUGGAAACAACUCGGGUGGCGGCGGCGGCGGUGCUGGUAAAACACGAAUCUCCAAAAAACGGUCACUGCAACAGCAGCAACAACAGCAACACCAACACCGUUCGUCCCCGCUCAUCAGCUCCGGCACGUCGUCCUCUUCUUCCACCCCUUCUUCCUCUACCAACAACGCAAUCUAUCCGUCUAACGAGCCCACCACCACCACCACAACCUCCACCAGUCGUAGCUCUACGCCUAGUCACACUAACACGGCCAAUGGUAACAGUAGUAACAGUAACACCGCUGCCGGACCGCAACUCCCGGAACGCCACUCUGCCCACAACUCCGACAAGCUUUCCCACUUUACGCCCUCCGCUUCUUCGUCGUCCUCCGUGACGGUCCCGGCCGUCAACGCGCUGGUCAGCUCUUCUAACACUGUCGUCCCUUCGGUCGGAACGCCGGUCAUCGAGAGCGUUGGCUCGGUCGUUCCGGCAGCGUCUCCGCUGGUGGCCGCCAAACUCUUCCAAAGCAGCAGCACAACCCCGGACCACGGUCACGGCGGCGUCGGCACCAACCCCAGUAGCAAUAACCAUAAUAACACCAGUAACAGUAGUAACAGUAACAACAGUAAUAACGCUGUCGUGGUCACGCACACCGGCAGCAAGAAGCUUAGAUCCUCGCAACCGUCGGUUGAAAUACCCUCGCCAUCUACUUCCAGAACGCCGGACAAUAGUUUCGGUUCCAAUGCGUCGUUUAGCGGUGGCGGCGGCCUCAAGUUCUCGUACGAAGCCCAAACCCCGACCACCACCAUCCUCUCCGCAGCGGCAAAUCCGGCCCAAAUGGGGGCGACCUCGACGAUCAUCACCGCCCCACAGCCGAUGGUGGUCAAAGAGUCGCCGCCCAGCUCGCCCGGAUCGGACACGGGAGAGUUACAGGGGGCUCGCGGCGGAAGCAACAAGCGCAACCGGAAGCUGUCGACCAACUCGAACGCUGGCAAGAGUGGUGUCGCUGUCGGCGUCGGAAUCGUCGGCGAUGCUGUCGGCGGUGGCGCCGGACCUCCUCUCGACGCCAAGGACAGUAAACUGUUCCAGAAUGGAGUUGUGCACGCGACGCACAUGCUCGGCAACCAGCUCAAUCCGAACAGUACGGUGGCGCAGAAAAUGUCCGACCAGCUGUGCAUGGAGGUCGAUGCGCACUCGUUCGUGGAGGCGCCGACGGCCAUGCUGGGACCGCCGUUCCCAGGAAAGAGUCAAGCGGCCCGAUCCAGCAACGCGACCGCUCCCCAACCGGCCCCACCCUCGCUCAGCUCGAUGCUGUCGGGCAGUGGGACGGCCACCGCCAACGGUAACACCCCCCAGAGUCUGGAGCAGCUGCUCGAGCGGCAAUGGGAACAAGGAUCUCAAUUCCUGAUGGAGCAGGCGCAACAUUUCGACAUCGCAUCGUUACUGUCCUGCCUGCACCAAUUGCGAAGUGAAAACAUCCGGCUUGAGGAUCACGUGAACAACCUGGUUGCGCGGAGGGAUCACCUGCUGGCAGUUAACGCGAGAUUGGCAAUUCCGUUGAACCCGGCCGCUCUGGGAGGGGUUGGUCUUGGGGGAGGGGGAGGAGGAAGUGGUGGUGGCGGCGCCAGUGGUGGAACAGGAGGAGGCCCUUCGGGGACGGUAGGUGGAAGUGGUACCGGUUCCGCGGGAUCUCAAGGUCAAUUCAACAACAUGCACGGCAACGGACCGCACGAAGGAGGUGGAAGUACGACGACCACGACGAGCGCCAUCUCCAGCCGGAGUAGUCGGAUACAGCAGCAUCAGUCCCAGCAGCAGCAGCAACAGCAAACACAAUCUCACUUUGGCAGCAACUCUACCGGUCAGUUACCACUGGAAAAUGGUAUCGACUUUAGACACUCAAACACGACACACCAGAACACCAACAGCUCAUCGAUCAGGCAUCACUCCCCGUCAAGUCAAUCCUAUCCAAACCCAUCCAACUCAACCGGUCGACAGCCUCCACCAACAUCCUUAGCAUCGGCGGCAACGGCGUCUUCGAACGUCGUCGGAUCUAUGCCUCCGGAACAACCCCCGCCCUCGUCACACUCCCGACGAGGUGGCGGCGGCAGCAACUCAAGCAACGCACCCAGUAGCAACAGUACCUCGUCAUCGUCGUCAUCUUCGGCGGCGGCAGCUUCGGUGUAUCAAAGCCAGCAGCAAACGAUUUACAACACCGCCCAUCAGAUUCCGCUCUUGUUGGAGCAUCACCAACAGGAGCACCAUUCCCAACAGCCACCACAGCAACAGCAGCAGCAGCAACCUCCUCACCAUCUCCGGCAAACGCCACCGACCGUUCCGUCGACAUCACGUUCGCACGGGGCGUCACGUGGCGGUUCCAACCUGGGACCGUCCGCCCACCAGCUGCACCUUCACCAUUCCCAUCCAUCCCACCAUCCUUCUUCGUCGUCGUCGUCUUCAUCGGCACACGCGCCACAUCCACCCCCACAACAACAACAACCGCAGCAUCAGCAGCCGCUUCCGCAGAGGCAACGGCACUAGGCUUAAAGAAAAAGACACGGGUUGACACCAUGUUGCAGAUAUUAAUAUAAAUAUUACAACAACAACAAAUUGUGUACAUAAAGUUUUAGCAAUUCAACACAUACAAAAGCACAACAAAAACAAACACACAUUUAACACCCACCCUUCUCACUAUGCGAAUUAGUUUGAACAAAAAAAAAAACUUCCUUUCGGAAAGACUGCUACCGGAAUGGGGGCACCGUCAAAAUCAGCACCCAAAUCUGAUUAUCAUCGGUGCAUGCCAAAUACCAAAAGACUUUCACCCAUUGAAUGCGUCUUCAGCACCCACUCACCGCAAAAAAAAAGAAAUCACCAAAAUUUAUCCCGGGCAAUCUCUCUCCGGCAGAGUUGCUUUUCUGCACUCUGUUGUCAACGUUCUCGCGCUCGCACUAUUGUUCGAGAAAUUUGAUUAUUUCUAUCUGUAUUACAAAAAAAAACUUCCUUGCUUUUUGCCUGUUUUUGAAGCCGCCAUAAGUCAGGGGUAUUAAAAAAUUGUAAUUAUUGGUCCCCUUCAACAAAAAAAAAAUCCAUACUAUAAUUUGAAACGCAUUUAGCACAUUUGGUUAAAGUUUUGGCAAAUAAGAAAGCUUAAUGAUUUUGUUUUAGCAAGCAAAAACUACUAAAGGAUGUAAUAGACUACGGCAAACAAGUCUGCCUGCUUUGUUUGUUUGCAGAAACGGCAGCCUAUAUGACUUUGUUUGCGAGUUUGGAAAACGGUCAAACACAAUAAAGUGCAAGUUUGUUUGUUUGUUUGCCAUAGUCUAAUACCUCCUAGUUUCUAGGGACUUCAAAAAGAAUAAAGAGAUGCAUAAGUCCAUGCACUAUUUCUUGUUUUUAAAGCUCUCCGAUCGGGCUCAACAUUUUCUGGGGGUUCCUUGACCAAGAAAAUAAACCCGUUUUUUUUGUUUGGCCAUUAGGCCACCGUGUUAUGGUGGUACCAAAAAUGGAAAUGUUUAUCAAUUUUCGCCAAAACCACAUAUUGAAAUUGAAGUUGUUAAAGACGCACAAAUGAUGCAAACGGGAAAAAUCAACUUUAUUCACUAAAACUGCGAUAGGUUGAAAAAUUUGAACAAUGACUUAUACUUUUCUGGGCACUGGAAUAUCAGUAGUUGAAAGACCCCUUUCCUUCCGAACUCCGUAUUAGCCUUUAAUAUAUUUUCAAACUUUUAAAGAACCAUUGCACUUUUUGAAACGUUAGCUACUGGGAAUAAUUUGAUAAUUGGUUCAAAUUUGUAUAUAUGAUAACUCUUAUUUAGACCACAACAAUACCACAUUGAAGCCAUGAGACUUUUUUGAGUAUUUUUUCGAGGUAUAUCCAAUUCUUUGAAUUUUUAUACAGGUUAUUUUUGCAACUUUAAUCGGACCCUGAAAAAUUAAAGAGUCCACAAAAAAUUAACGUUUUGUAGGGGAAAAUGCAUUUGCCUCGGGCAUUUAUUUAAGACUUUUCGGUAUUUUAACGUUCUACAUAUUACAGUUCCUUAAAAAGUAAGAGUUGACAUAACAGAACAGAAUUGUAAAACUAUCAAAGAUACAGAAAUUUCCCUAUAUUUUUUUUUCUCACGGAUCUGAAUGCAUUGAAUUCGAAAUGCAAAUUAAAUAUUGGCUCAAUAUUGAUGAAUUUUAUUUUUUCUAAUAUGUACCUCUUUAAAAAAAGAUCUUAAAAUAGCUAUGCCCCACCCGAAAAAAAGCUAACAAAAAAGUAAUUUAAUAAACAUCAACCAUAAUGAAAUGCUUUUUGAAUUUAAGUCUGUUCCAUUCAUCGUUUUUAUUUUCCCACCUUAAGUUAUUUGUUUACAAAAACAUCAAAAAGAUACUCACAUUAUGGAUCACAACUCCAAAUUAGUCCGUAAGCAAGUAGCAAAAUGUGCAACGCAGUAAUGUUGUAAAUAAAAUUUUAAACUCUUUUUUUUUCGAAGUCAUGCCAUCUGUAUUGAGAUCAACUUCUAAAGCAAGUUAGGAAUCGUUAGUCGAGUACGUUAAAAACCCUGAAUUGGCGUUUGCUCCCGAUUGACCUUUUUUUGUUUUUGUAUGCAUUUUAUGUUUUCAACUAGCAAAUUGUUAAGCUUCGUAAAUGCAUUGGAUUAUUUUCGUGGACAUCGUCGUAGCAAUAUAGUUUGAUGUGAAAUAAUUGUAAACCACAGCCACAGACAGACAGCACACUCAGGUAAUUCAUGCUCUGUUUACUUUUGGUAUUGCAAAGUUACAGUUGAACAGGCUUUGUGCGCUUAAAACAGAGGCAAAGUGAAUAAUGGUUGAUUCGUUUGCACAAAAAUCUAUUGGCAGAAUACAUUUCAAGAGGAAACACAUUGUGUGAAGUAACGUAAGUCGUUAAAGAAAAGCAAAAUAUCCAGCAAAUGCAUGAUCUAUUCGAAUUAGUGAGAAAUAGAAACCCUUACAAAAAUACCUAAAGAGUGUCGAAAGCACGCUGUAUCGCGAUAUCUAGUGCAAUGAAGAAAUAAAAUGAAACUAUCACAA